AUUUCUUACUUGACAUCAUGUACAUGGUUCGAGGGCGAACGGAAAAUAUGGCCGCCAUUUCUAAACAUAGUUACGUCGAAUAAGCGCUGUUUGGAGACACAACCAAACAGCUCUUGGCUCGAUAUUCCACUUUAGUGAUCGUAACGUGCUUUAGAACCAUAAAUCGCUUCGAAUUGACGAGAGACCGCGGUUUGAACGCUAGGAAAAGAACACACAGACAUAGACGACUGGAAUGGCGACGCGUUGAUUUGUUAUCGUAGACGAAAAUAUGAGUACAGCGAAGAGAAAGAAGCGAAGCUCGAGCCUCAAAGGCUCCUUGAAUCCAUCUAAACGGCAUCGUGAUCGUUUUAACAUUGAGCUGGAUAACCUAGCAAAACUUCUGCCAUUUCCCCAUGAUGUGAUCCAGAAAUUAGAUAAACUGUCCAUUCUGAGAUUGUCUGCCAGCUACCUCAGAGCAAAAAACUUCUUCAAAGGCCAGCAAUGGACAGAGGAAAACAAAGUUGGUAAACUUUCUGAUGGACCACCAGAUUUUGAAGGCAAUGGAAUAUUUUCUAAGCUUUUACUAGAUGCUUUGGAUGGUUUUGUCAUUGUGUUGACAAGAGAGUUUGAAGUAUUUUAUGCAUCUGAAACCGUUCAAGAUUAUCUUGGCCUAGCACAGGCAAGUGUCAUACACCAGGACUUUUUAAGAUUUAUCCAUGUUGAUGAUCAUGAUCUCAUUAGAAAAAAUCUUCUCCCUUUCCCUGAAGAUGAAGAAGAACAGAAAAUAAGAAUUCUUGAUGAAGAAAAUGAUGGGAUUGCUUCUGAGACUGGCAGCACAUGCAGCUCAGAUGAGCAAGGCAAGGAUGUGGAGACAGAGAGGUCUUUUGUUUGCAGAAUGAAAUGUAUUCUAAACACUAGUGCUGGCUUUUUCAAGCCAUUCAGAUGCAGUGGACGUUUACGUGAAAUGACACUUCCUGACUGUGAGAGAAGAGAGUAUGGGCUGUUUAUGAUUUGCACUCCUCUGGAAACGGUGUCAUCAUCAGUGCUUGAAAUAAGAUUAAAAACAUCGCUGUUCUGCACCAAGAACAGAAUGGAUUUAAGUUUCAUGGAUAUUGACCAAAAAGGCCGAUCACUUCUUGGUUAUCAUAAGAGAGACAUUGCCUUGCAAUCAAGUUACUGUAUGAUCCAUUUUGAUGAUAUUCCAGUCCUGAAGACACUUCAUGGUGACUUGAUGAGCACUGGGAAAUGUCAAGGGACCUUCCGUAUGCUGAAUAAAAACUUAAAGUGGCAAUGGCUUACUGGCACUGCACAGGUUGUGUUCAAAGGAAGUGAGCCUGAUUUCAUUAUUACAACAAACAGGCCCUUGAGUGAAGAGGAAGGUGAAGAAAUUUUACGACAGAGGGGGGAGUUUCCUGCCUUGCCUUUCACAGCAAGUGAUAGUGGCUCACCAAGUCCUCGUAGUCCUAGAAGUCCGGGUAGCAUUAGUAAUUACAGCAAUGGUGGCAGCCCUCUAGGCGUUCCAUGGGGAGACUUCUCUGCCACCUCUGACUUCAAAUACCCACCUAUGCCUGCGUCACAUAAGUAUUCUUCUACCAAUGGUAGAAUAAAAAGAAAUCGGAAUGUUCCUGAUGGAUUUGUGAAAUCUCCUGCCAGUGGCUCGGCUCCUAAUCCCAUGCUUCAAGAAGGUGACUUGAAUUCGCCGCUGCUGCAGCAGCAUCCGUCGUCCCCAUUUCUUGCUGAUGCUCUUUUGAGUUCCGCUACCUCUUGUACUUCUACACCUAUGACUCCCGAGGAGCCUGAGCUCUUCGACCUGGGUGUAGACAUACAAGCGGAACUUGAAAAAGACGCUCCUGAACUCAGUGAUUUCAUGCUUCUUGACCCACAAGAUUUAACCUUAGAAGAUCUUCAUCUUGAGCCACUUGACAACACUGGUGGUGGAGGCGAUCUACUUCAAGGGAUGGAUCCACCUACCUACGAGGAAGCACUGUUACUUGCAACAGAUUGUCUUUCUAUUGCAUGUAAUAGUGACAGCAAUAAUUUGACAAGUCCUGAUGGAAGCCAACCUUCAUUAUCUCAAUCUCCUCCAAAGAAUCUGGAGCAUUUUUCUCCUAAAGCUCAAAUGGCCCCAUCACCAUAUCCAUCGCCAGCUGGUCACCCUUCGCCUCACAUGUCGCCAGGUGGCUUACCAACCCCAGACCCCUCCCCUGUUGGGCACUGCAAUCCUGCACCAGCAAGAGUCAAUAUUUCCUGGCAGGGGAUGGGUCAGAUGAAAGUAUCUAAGCCUCCACAAGCCCCUCCUCCUCAAAUGCAGUCAAAGUCGGCUCUGAUUUCCACAACAAUUAAGAAGAAAGAAAGACAUGAAAUGUAUGGUUCCAGCUGCAUAACAGGUCAGCAGCACCCAAACCCUAUGGUGAGUCCCAGAGGCAUGCAGCAUGGUGUACAAGGAAACUGGAUGCACCAGAAUCACCAGAAUCAAGUCCAGCAGGCUCCAAGGAACAUCCAACAACCACAACAGCAACAACAACACCAAUAUCCAGAUUGGAAAAUGCAACAGCAUACAAUCCAGCAAAGUGCGAUGCAAAAUUUCGGUGGGCAAAGAACUGCAACAGUCAUGGGCACAGAAAAUGCAGUUUACGCAACAAACAUGCAAGGUGGAAAAUGGGACUUGAAUGUCCCCCCUUUGUUCGAGGACACUCUACCAACUCUUGAGUAUGAUGGAGGCCUAGGAUAUAUGAAGACUGCAUCACAGCAGAACAUGGUCGGCACAGGUCACUUACAACACCAUGGAUGGGAUCCCCAAGUAGACAUUUUAUCCCCACCAUAUCAAGAGGACUACCACUCAGGCUUUGGAUUUCAAGGAAAUCCACUUCCAGCAAAUUCCCAAGGUCAAACAACGCUGGGUUGGGGAUGAGAAACCUGUUUCAAAAGCUAGUAUUACAAACAUACUUCUGGCCCUCCCCCCAGGGGAUAGGGUAGAUUGACAGUCUUCAAAAUAUACACUAAGAAAUGAUCCUGGGUAAUUCACAGUUUGUACUGGCUGACUUCAGAACCUUUAGGUUUUGCUAAGAAUACCUCGCAGAAUGUCGCAGUUUUCUGUUCAAUGACUACUCAACAGCAUGUCAUCUAAUAUUUUAAGACAGAGGCAGGUAUUAACACACAGAAAGAGUUUUGCUCUGGGUUGUGGGUCAAAGUGCUGUCUUGCGUAUUGAGGAAUUUUGGUUUUCACAAUUGCUUCCAGUUUGAUGAAGUUUAUCAGCUGUUCUCAAAUAUGUUUAGAAUAUAUUCAUUGUAUUACAUUUGAGCACAUCAUUGUGCUUAUCAGGUAGUUAGAAUUCCUUGGUGAUAUCUGUAAAUUUCUGUUGGACAGCAGUGUUUAUGGUGAAGGUCAGAAAUAGGAAAAAAGGACAAGUGUAUAAAUUUGAUUGUAUUAGAUACAAGUAUGAGUAAAUCAUGAGUUGCAUGAUCAUCAAGGCUGAUCUCUACACGGUUUACCUUGAUUGCAGUAUCUUGGCAAAGGCUUGGACCAAAUACAGAAAAAUUUGAUAAACGUGUGAUUUAUUUCCUUUCGAACCUCCUAUAAAUUGGGGCAGUAAACUAGUGACUGAAAUCUUGGGGUUUAUGAAGUAAACCUGAGGUUUCAGCUCAUGAGACGAGUCAAGAAGGUUGUACCUUUUAUUUUUAUCUUUUUCAUUCUUCCAUUUGCGUACUAUUUUCCUUGUUAUUUUACUCAAGGAAACUCAUCCAGUUUAUACAUUUUUCCCCUAAACCCUUUAACUCCCAGAAGUGAUUAACA